AUGGCUAAAUCGAAGAAUCAUACUAAUCACAACCAGAGCAAAAAGGCUCAUCGUAACGGUAUUAAGAGAUACAAAUUUCCCAGGAAAUUACCUACCAAAGGGAUGUGCCCAAAAUUCUUGAGGAACCAGAAGUUUUGUAAGAAACAUCUAAGGGAUUCUGGAUCUGCCUCUGGUUCAGAAGAGGAAUAA